CGUUGCACCCCCUGAGACGACCAUAAGGUGUGCUCCCCAUAAUACAAUCUUACUGGAUUAGAGUAUCAGAAUUCAACCCAACGCGAAAUGGCCUAACACCGAAGACGAAUUUCACAUAACAUGACUACUCAAUCAACUAAAUUGAAGGCAUUUUGAAAAUCCACCAACAAUAUAAAAAGACCAACAUAAGAACUGUGAUCCUCGAUCAACCGAUUCACAGCAUGUAGAGUAGCCUCACCACCUGCAAACACCCCAACACCAAAUUGAAGACCAUCACAAUAACGUCCCAAAGAUUGUCCAAUCAAAACAGCACCAACCUUCGAAACCAAACGCCGCCAAAUAGUACCCACGACUAUAGGACGAAUACCACCACCUGGUUUGACAAGAGAUGUGAAAGGAGCAUUGGUAAUAUACUCACCCAAGACCUUAAGACAUUUCCCAUAAAAAAAAAAGAGUUAAAUAAUUUUAAAGAUACAAAUUUAGAAAGUUUUAACGAGAUCCACAUGAUAUACAGAAAACACAAUAUUACUUCAUCCGUACAAGUCAUAAUUUAUAAUUACAGAAGAUCAUAUAAAUAUUGUUAAAAUCAACAUGAUAUUAAAAGAAUGAAUAUUAUUAAUUAUGGCUGAAAAACAUAAAAUAUUAUACGGAGUAGUUCUAUUUGAUAAAUUUGUUAUUUGCUCCCAAAAACGAAAAGUCGUACCGAAACACAAGUACAUAUCCAAAUCCGAUAUCAACACGCUAAACUUCAUUGCCACAAAAAACAAAAAAAAAAAAAAUAUUUAGCUGUUCUCGGCGUUCUAUACAAUUCAGAUUUUUUAUUUUUAUUUUUUCUGAAUAAAACAAAAAACCAUAAAAGCUAAAAGAAUGUUACAAAUGGAUUCAGAGCUGAAAGAAGCGGCAUGCUCAGGAAAUGUAGAUAUCCUGAGAAGAGCUGUUAGCUCAAAACCAAUUGAGUACUUCCUUACUAUAUCUGAUGAUGGUCUGGCUGGUAAUAAUAUCUUCCACCUCGCGACAAGAAGUGAGCGAUCGGAGUUUCUCAAAGUAGCUUGGGAAAUAUUACCGGAACAGGUCCUACAAAAACUCCUCUCUCAGACAGACAAGAAUGGUUGUACACCUCUUCAUACGGCGGCUGGGCUGAACCGAUCGAGGCAUAUCAGCCUUGAAAUUGUGAGACUCAUCCUCGGGUUUUACAAAUCAGGGGUGACGGUAAUUAAUAAACCAUGGUUAGAGCAUAAUCAUAAUGGUUGUACACCGUUACAGUUGGCUAUUGAGGUGGUUAAUGAAGAGAGUGCAAUGGAGAUAUUGUCGAUGGAUAUAGAGUUGCUCUGCAAGAUGGUAGACAACGAGGAAAACAGUCCGCUUUUUCUUGCUGUUAAAAAUGGGUGCAAUAAGGUUGCUGAGAAGAUAUUGAUGUCCUCUUACUCUUACAGUCUUAGUGGCAAAGAGGAUUCUACUCCCCUUCAUUUUGCACCAAAUUCUUCAGAAAAUGUAUUAAAAUUGCUACUAAAGAAACAUCCUGUGCUAAUGGACGCCGUGGAUCGCAAUAAAGGUUACAAUAUGCUUCACCAAUGGGCAAAACUGAAUCAAGUUUGGCCAUUUGAUUUCCUUUUAAAGGGAGACUUUCCGGGUGCGAGGACCAAAGUCUUCACUGAUUUAAUCACAAAGAAGACGAAAAAAAAGAAUUGGUAUGAUACUCCUUUACAUACGGCAGCAAGAACACAUAAGAAUGUCGAAAUUACGAAAUCGAUUAUAAAUGGUUACAAACUAGAACAGGUAAUGAGGGCAGGAAGUAUGGUUGAGUCAACUGAUACCUCUCCACCUUGGAGAAUAGGGAAUAGAUACAAACAUACGCCAUUGCUCGUUGCUAUAUAUGAACAACAAAACGAAGAACUUGCACUGUAUUACAUAAACCUCGAUUCAACAUUAUUGCAUAUGUUAAGUGAUAGUGGAGAGAGCCCUCUAUUUGCUGCUGUUGGUGAUCUUUGUGCAAACGUUGUUGAAGAAAUUUUGAACAAUCAGGAAGUUAGUUUCAACAUGUUGCGUAAAACCAAGGGAAAUACUGUGCUUCAUAGCUUAUGGAAAAUGCCAGAGAAUAUUGGAACAAAGUUAUUUCAAAGAUAUUGGUGGAUGAUCAACUUGCGUGAUGCCGAUGGAAAAACUGCCGGUGAAACUGCCCUUCAAGUAGCCAUAAAAGAUCACAAACAGUGGCUUAUAAGUUUGAUAAAGAAUUAUCAUCACUCGAAAAAUUUAGAACCUUUCGAUUGGGUAAAAGCCUGUGAGAAAGAUGAGACGACAUGGGCGGUACUAGCCUUCAUUGAUAGUUGUCCAAAUCUUCGGGAGAUUUGCCUUGAAAAAAAUGACACUCCUCUACACCACAUCAAAUUGCAAAAUUACCAAGAUUAUGUGAACUUGUUGAACAAUCCAUCUAUUGCGGAACUUAAAAAUACACGUGAUUCCAAGGGCGCAACGCCUUUGCAUCGAGCACUAGAGAGGAUGGAUAUUCAUCUAGCUACGGCAUUACUCCGUGAUGAGGGGGUGGAGAGAAACAUACAGGAUUUUCAAAGCAGGACUGCCAUGUCUAUGCUUACCCAACUAUGCAAAGAUCGCGAUUGGGAAUUGAUGUGCUUUGAUUUAAAUAUAAAUCCGCACUUGAAAUUAUCAUUUGUUCAUCACGAUAUGAAUUUGGAUCCAAUGCGAAGUGCACUAUUUAUUGUAGCAGCACUCCUGGCAACAAUUACAUUUGCUGCUGGUUUUACACUCCCUGGUGGUGUGGAUGACAAAACGGGCAUUGCAAAUCUGGCAACCAAGGCACCAUUUAUAGUGUUUUUAUUAGCAGACGCAUAUGCUUUGUGCUCGUCCAUGUUGGUCUUAUUUGGUUUGAUAUGGUCUAUGGCUUCAAACCGUCCUAUGGCAUAUUUGUUGGUUGAUCGCAGUAUCUUUAUAUUGAUAACUUCCCUAUAUGGUACGAUACUCGCCUUUAUGACCGGUAUCUACACUGUAUUACCGAAAAAGUCCUUGUGGGUGGCCAUAAUUGUCUUCAUCAUUUGCUCUUUCCUUGUUGUUUUCGCGAUACGGACCUUAUUGGAUCGCGUUCUGUCCAAGCUUGUCCCUGCCGCUGCAAAUCAGUUUCAAGUUGAUCGAAUUCGAUGGAUUGAAGAGGGAAAACCUUCUCUGUCAAGAAUUCGUAGUGCCAUCCCUCAAUAUACAACCUCUUCACUAGCUAAAGAAAACAUAACCAAUGCUGAAAAUCGAGAAAUGGUUCCAUUGCUUGAAGAGGGGCAAGGGCAAGCAUCUACAUCUGGAAAAGAUGAUAUCAAGAAUCCUCCUAGUCCACCAUACAAAAACAAGGGCAUAUCAAUUGCAUAAGGUGCCAAAAAAUGUCAAACGUUUUAAGGAAAGUAGAAAAGUGAGAAGCAUUCCGAAAAAUUUUAUUAUUCUUCCUUCAUAUAAAAAUAAAUAAAUAAAUAAAUAAAUAAAUAAAUAAAAAAGUGUUGUUUUAAUUUUUUUGGAGAGAUUUAAGCCGGCUUUGAGGUCGAAUUAUCAGCUGUGUUUGUGAGUAUCUUCUUUAUCAAUUCAAAACAUUAUUUCUAUGCAGAAAUUUCAGUAAGUUUACAAU